AUGAACAGUAAUAACUGCCUGGAUAUAAAUGAAGAAUUAUGGCGGAAUAAUCGUGAUUGGAGCACUCAGUCAUCUACCAUAUUCAUCUUCAUUAUUUUUUAUGCAACAAUUAUCCUAAUUGGUAUUGUGGGUAAUUCAUGCGUCAUAUUGGCGAUAUCCAGGACUAGAACGCUACAAACAAUACCCAAUAUGUUCAUUUUUUCGUUGAGCUGUUCCGAUCUUGUUGUAUGCUUUACUUCAGCGACAAUAACGCCAAUUGCAGCAUUCAAAAAGAAAUGGAUCUUUGGUGCUGUGCUGUGUUCGAUAGCACCAUUUAUUGCUGGUGCUUCGUUGUGCUUCUCCACGUUCACCCUCUCAGCAAUCUCAGUGGAUCGUUUUUUGCUUAUUUAUUUUCCGACCAGAAAAGCUUUAUCCCGACUACAAGCAAUAAUCGUAAUUAUGGUAAUAUGCAUAUUAUCUACUUCAUUAUCGGCACCAGUAAUAUUCAAGCAACGACUUAAAAGAAUUGGUAAUUAUUGUGGCCAAUUCUGCACAGAAGAAUGGGGUAUUGAUCAAAGCGGUAGACGAGUUUAUGGGUCCAUAAUGCUUAGUGUACAAUUCAUUGUACCUUUGGUGAUUAUCACUUUUUGUUACACCGCCAUCUCCGUCAAACUAGGAAAGAGUAUAAUACAUAAAAGUCGGCAACAGCAUAAUGAAUGGCAAUUAGGAAUGACCGAUCAGCAACGAGCGGCCAUAAAACGUAGACAACGAACAAAUCGUAUGCUAAUUGGAAUGGUUGUUGCAUUUUCUGCAAGCUGGUUCUUCAGUGUAUUAUUUAAUGUUCUUAGGGACUACGAUUGCUUACCAGAAUGGUGCCAAGAUCAAGAAUAUUUUUUUGGAAUUGCAACGCAUUGCAUUGCUAUGUCUUCAACUGUAUGGAAUCCAUUGCUUUAUGCAGCUUUGAAUUUGCAAUUACGUGCUGCUUUUCUGCAAUUAUUGCCUGAAUGUGUAAGACAACGAGAAAUGCGAAAAAAUAAUGUUCAUAAUUGUAAGCCAUUGCUUCAGUCGCGGAAUAUUUUGCGGAAUGAUUUCACAAAAAGUAAGGUACUGAGCUGUGACUGCAAGAGAAGGUAA